UAAACCAAGCUAAUUGAAAGAAAUGAUCAUCAAUUCGACUUCACACAGUUAAAUCUUCUGUCAACAAUUCAACUUUUGUUAAUAAACUCUUUAGUUUUACCUCGUUCCUAAAAUGAAUCAAUUAGCCUUAAUUUCAUUGAUUGUCCUCUCAUCAACCCUUUGUCAACUCGGAUCCAGCUUGUCUCCUGGUCGAUGCCCCCAAACAACUGAAAUUGAUGGAGGCUUGAACCUUUCUCGGUAUCUUGGAAAAUGGUAUGAAAUCAAACGAACUGAUCUCAUCUUUGAACUUGGUCUCCGUUGUGUAAAAACUGAAUAUACAGUCGAAUCAAACGGUAAUGUUGCUGUAAACAACACUGGAGUGAGCUUGAUCAAUACUCAAGUUUCAGUCGUUGGAACUGCUAAGCCAGGAACUCAAUCAAAUGUUUUUGCUGUCAGCUUCUUCCAAUUCUCUCCAUCUGCUCAAUACUGGAUUGUUGAUACUGAUUAUGAAACAUACUCUUUGGUCGUUUCUUGUAAUGAUGUUCUUGGUUUAUUCAACUUAAAGAAUGCUUGGAUUUUAUCACGAAAACCAAACUUAGACAGCGAUAUUGUAGAUCAACUCGUUGCUAAACUGAAGGCUAUUGGAGUUGAAACCGAUAAACUUACAACAACCGCUCAAGAUUGUGGCAAUUAAAGGAUGUCAGUUUAAAACGAUCAAAAGCAGGACAAAUUACAAUUUAAACUUCCAUUACAAUAUGAUUAUUUUUGAAAAUUAAAAUCU